GUUCGCCAGAGUCCGGUCCACCUUAACGGCCUGAGCACAUCUGCCCAAAGAAUCAGGAGCGGAUGCGGUGUAUCCUUUUUCAGGGGCCUCAAUGGCCAGUGGGAGGUGUCUUCUGCUGCAGCAAACACUGCGGGCCCCCCCCCGGCCUCAUUCAUUCAGUGCUCACAGGCCCGCCAAGCACCAAGCGAGCGAGCGAGCGAGCAGGGAAAGCAGGGAGCCGAGCCAAAAACAAAACAAAACAAAACAAAACCAAAAAAAAAGCCAGCCUUGACGCCUCAAAGCGCCCGUACGCCGCAGGAGCACCCGCUUUGGAUCUAACUCCCUUCGCUUUUUCGCCGAUUUAACGCUCGCCCCCACUUUUCUUCCCUUUCCGCUCACUUUUUUGCCACUUCCACGCAAGGACUCCGACUCGGCUCGGUCCUGGCCGAAGAUCGGCCUGCCUCGCGUCUCGUUGUUCCCCGCACGUACGAAAAGCUGAGUGUGUGCGUGUGUAUUGUGUGUGUGGAAGAGCUUUGGAUUUACUCUUUUUUUCUUUUUCUAACGCAAGGGAACUUUACCUAAAAAACAAACAAACAAACAAACAAAACAAAAAAACAAGGGAAUUAACGCCGCAAAGGGGAUACACGCACUUGGAUUAGCAGGCUGUGAAUGCUCCGCGUUGAAUUUGCGUGGGGGGGCUCCAACGCGCUUCCUUUCUGGAUGGACUCUUGGUAGCCGCCUGCUUGAUGGAUUCGAGCCUAUGGACGCCUGCAUAUAAGGUUUUCCGAUGCAUGCCAAGUCCACGGUGAAUGUCGGAAGUGGUGAUCCCCCCAGAUGGAGCUCCAAAGUCAACAUGGCCCCGGCGGUUCAUUAGUGGUGAUCCAGCAGCCCUCCCUCGAGAGCCGCCAGAGGUCGGAUUACGAGCGGGAGUUCCAGCAUGCCGCCAUCCUCUCCCUGGACCAGAUCAAGGCCAUCCGCUCCAGCAACGAGUACACGGAGGGGCCGUCGGUGGCGCGCCGCCCGCCCGUGCCCCGCAUGCCGCCCCGGCCCCACGACAAGCAGGAGAGGACUCACGAGGUCAUCCUGGUCAAUGUGAACAACAACUAUGAACACCGGCCAUCCGGAGGGGUGGCGGUGGGCGGCCACCUUUGGGGGGGCGGCGGCGGGUCCCGGAUGCCGGUUCUGAGCCGCUCUACCAGCACGGGGAGCGCCGCCAGCUCGGGGAGCAACAGCAGCGCCUCCUCCGAGCAGGGACUCCUGGCGCGGUCGCCGCCCGCCAGACUCCACGCCAACUCGCGGCCCGUCCGGACUCAGCCCAAAGCCAAAGGGCCGGUAGCGGACCCCGACUCGGGUCCCCUCUUCCACCAGGUGCCGCUCAAGGGCAAAUCGGACUUCUGCGGCCCCGCCAAAGGGGCACUGCCGCCCGCCUCCGCCGAGCACCAGUUCAUCUGCGAACGUUGCGGCAAAUGCAAGUGCAGCGAGUGCACGGCCCCCCGCAGCCUGCCCUCGUGCCUGGCGUGCAACGGCCAGUGCCUGUGCUCCGCCGAGAGCGCGCUUGAGCACGGCACGUGCAUGUGCCUGGUCAAGGGAAUCUUCUACCACUGCUCCAACGACGACGAGGGGGACUCGUGCGCCGACCACCCCUGCUCGCCGUCGCACUCGCACUGCUGCUCGCGCUUCCUGUGCAUGGGAUUAAUGUCGGUACUCUUCCCCUGCCUGCUGUGCUACCCGCCGGUCAAGGGCUGCCUGAAGGCGUGCCAGGGAUGCUACGACCGGGUGCGGAGGCCCGGCUGCCGAUGCAAGAACUCCAACACUGUGUACUGCAAACUGGAGAGCUGGGCCCCGCAGAACCAGGAGAAACCCUCCUGAUCGUACCCCCUUCCCUUAACCCCACCAACACGGACAGUAAUGACAGCGACAAAAUCUAGCAAGCACCUCCCGCCCGUCUUCCCUUGAAGAAAAACCACUCGAUUAAAAAAAAAAAAAAAAAAAAAGUACAUACUUUUUCUGGUUCAAGACCAUGAUUUUACACACCAGUGUUUGCCUUAACCGCUCCCACGUCUUUCCUCGAGUCUCUUCUUGCAUUUCCGUAUCGUCUUUCUUACUUUUGUUUUUUUUUGUUUUUUCCUGUGAAGGAGCGUCCUUUCCGAGCAGGGUUUCCCAAACUAACCCUAACCCUCGGGAACGUCAACCCAAACUGUACAUACGUUAAUACAAAAGAAUGCAACUCCGAUUUGACAUUUGGGGGCCGCCCCCUAAAACGGGACCAAUUCUGGGCCCCUCGAACCUAAUUUUGAGAUACCCUGCUUAUCUUUGGCAUGGUCACUCAAACCGACGUAAAAUAAGGCAAAAGAACGCAAUAACAAUUUCACGUUGGGGACUAACAACCCCCCCUUAUUCUGGGCCCCUGAACCCCAUCUGGGGAAAUUCAGCUUGUUUUUGGCAUCGUUUCUCCAACUCAACCCUCUUGGUAAUAUCAACUCAAACUGUACAUAAAUGAAUGCAAAAGAACACACCUCCAAUUUGUGAUUCGGGUUCCAUUCUGGUCUGCGACCCUUACUUUGGGAAACCCUGCUUAUUUUUAAGGCAAUGAUGUAGCUUUUACCUGCAGGUAUCUUGUUAUUAUUAUUAUUAUUAUUUUGGAAUUACCGUUGCUAGACCACACUAAAAACCUCCUCCAUGCUUAUGUUGCAUUAACACAAGCACAUCCAUCUCAUAGUAUUUGUUUUUCCUCUCUCUUUUCUCCACAUGGAAUAUGUUUUUCUUCCCCCAUCCUCGACAUUUAUUUUGUGUACAUUGUAUGCUCAAAAAAGGAGAGAUUUUUGUUGUUGUACAAAAAUAUUUAUUAUGUGAAGCUCUAUUAUUUUAUGAUAUUUAUUGCAAGAGACAGUCUUAAAAUUUUACUCAUGUCUGAAUAUAACAAAAAAAAAAAAAAUCAAAUACUUACUGAGAAAAAAAAAUAAAAGGGUGGCACAAAAGAAAACUAUGUUAACUUUAAUGCAGAAAAUAUAUUAAUUAAUGAAAACAA